UUGACAUUACGUCAAAUUUAAAUUUUUGGUUAUGAAACUUUGUGGAUUCUGAUUUCUGAAUGAAAACCGUGAAAAAUCUGUGAAUUAAUUUAAACAAAAUCACAAAAUAUGCUGCGGUCAAUCCUUACAGCAGCUGUUCGAACUACAGCCAUUGUGAGGCACCAUAGCAGAGCGAUAUGUAAUCAACCCUUGACUACUUCUUUGCGAUUGGUUUCUUCAAACCUUCCUGCAUCCAAUAAUGUUGCAUUUUUCCAAAAUAAAGGAUUAACAUCAUUAGUUGCUAAUGAGUUUCUAACACCUGCAAAAAGUCUAAUCACCCAAAAUCGAACAUUGACAAAAUUUUCAUUGAACAAAGGUAAACGCAAGUCUGUGAAGGCUGUUAUCAAACGUUUCAAACGAUUAGAUUGGGGCUGUUGGAUUCGUACACAUUCGGGACGUCAUAAGAAACUAUUUAAGAAAUCUCCAGCUCUGAGACGCCGAUUGAAGCAACAUGUUAUGGUGAAUGCAUCUCAAAGUUUCUUGCUCGACAAAAUGGUUGGCAGUUUUUGGAGAAAACCAAGGCAUUAUAUUGAUGAUCCAUAUCAACCGUAUAUGAAGAGAGAUGAGUAUUGGGCAACUAGGACUAAACCAAAUGGUUUUUAGAGUUGCUCUUAUACAAUUUUUAGAAAUAUUCAAAGCCAAGAUUUUUGUCAGAAUAAUUUGUUGCACCAAUAAAUAGUUAUUUAAAAUUUA